AUGCAAUUUAUUCAUUCGUCUCAGUUCUAUGGUGGCUACAAUGCCUCGCAACAGCAAGCUUUGCAACAGCAAGGUCAACAAGGUCAACAGCCACAACAACCUCACUCGCCACAUACCUCCCAGUCACCGGCCACGUCGAGUGCCGCUGUUGAUCAGCAGCAACAACAGCCACCACAACCACAAGGAUUGUCUCUUCCUGUUGCUGCUCUUCAAAGUUUCGCUCAAGCCAAUGGUAUCCCUGUUCAAGCAGCACCUGAAUUGAAUGCUCAAGGCAAGCCAAAGAGAAAGCAGGUCAAGAAUGCUUGUGUCAAUUGUCAAAAGGCUUGCAAAAAGUGUGAUGAUGGACGACCAUGCCAACGUUGUAUAAAGUAUGGAUUGCAAGACACGUGUGUCAAUUCUGUUCGUAAGGAACGCAAAAAGGGAAUCAAACGAGGACCAUACAAGAAGCGAAAACAAGCAGAUGGUGGUUCUACUGAUGGUUCGGCUGCUUCUACACCUGCAACAUCACUUCCUGCUGGUUUGUAUGCUCCGACAACUCAAGGUUCAGCAGCAGGUGUGCGUACUGCCAAUGGUGUCCUUGCUUAUCCAUCAUUCCAAUCGGGAACCUAUGAUGCUGCUUUCCAUGCAGCUGCUGUCAGCUAUCAAAACUCAGCUUCCAUGAUUCCACAUGCUUAUAUGGUUCCUGCAGCUAUUCAGCAAAUGUACCCUCCCAACACAAUGCUUUCUUAUCAAGCUGCCAUGAACAUGCUUUCGCCUCAACAUGGCCAACCUUCUCCAAACAUCUAUGGCUAUCGUCCCGACGCAGCCUCCUCCCAACAACAACAACAGCAACAGCAACAACAACAAGCACCCCAGCAACAACAAGAGGCUGAUGCGCAAAGUGCACAACAUCGAUCCCAUGAAGGUAGCCCUGCUACUCCCAAUGGUGUUGGUACUCCAAACAGCAACCCCAUCAAGCCUGAAACUACCACCGAGUCGGAUGAUGAAGGUUCCAAGCUUAACAUCCUCUCGCAACUUUGCAGCGCCGUGUUAGAUCGAACACCCGAUACAUCUAAUGCAACCACCACCACUACCACGCCAGCUGUCUCUCAGGCAUCCACUACUACCACUACUACUACCACCACUACCAAUGCCGCUACCACCACCACCACCACUAGCCCAACCACUACAUCGGCCCCUAUCAAGUCAGAGCAAGUGGAGGAGCAAAAAUCAGAUGAUCAACCAUUGGCGGCCAAUGUAAAACUCGAGACAAAGGACACCACCACCUCUUCACCACCCAAGGAGACGACUCAAGAAACUUCCAAUGAAGAAGGUGAUGUUGUAAAGAAGGAAGAGUAA